GGCUGCAAGCUCUACGUCGGCAACAUCUCCUUCGACAUGACGCAGCAGGACCUCAACGGCCUCUUCGGCCCCUACGGCAAGGUCACGGACGCCUUCCUCCCGACGGAGCGCGAGACGGGCCGCCCGCGCGGCUUCGCGUUCGUCACGUUCUCGAGCCCGGCCGAGGCCCAGGCCGCCAUCGCCGACCUCGACGGCAAGGAGAUCGACGGCCGCGCGCUCCGCGUCAACGUCUCCAAC